CCCUAAUUGUUUUCUCCUUCCACAGUCGUAAGCGCUCACCUCUCUCUCCGACUCUCUGCACUCUCUCUCCCCUUCUCUCUCUCAAUUCCCGGCGUCCAGAAAUUGCAGACCCCACUUCGGAGAAUCACAGGUCCUCGAAACGAACUGACCGUGCAUUUUAGGCUAGAUAGUAAGAAAGAUGAGGCUGCUAACCCACAACAUGCUGUCGUCGAACAUCAAGGGCGUGACCAACGGCUUCCCUCUGCGCAUUGAAAUAGAGAAGGUGGUUGAAAAGCCGGUCGAUUUCAACCCUGAAUUCCUCAGGAACAUGUUCCCUAAGAUCGAGUGGAAGGCCCUUGUCAAUGCCGCUCGUAGUAUGGGCUAUGUUGAGCUCCCUGAGGAGGUUGAGCCUUCUACGCUUUAUUCUGAAGAUUUUCUUCACAAGUUCCACCAUGCCCUUUUGGAGCUUCAUCUCGAGGAGGGUGCGCUUAUUUGCCCUGAGACCGGUCGCCGCUUUCCGGUUAGUAAGGGAAUACCCAAUAUGCUGCUUCAUGAAGACGAAGUGUGAUUCGGGUCAUAUGGUGGAUCGUACUUGCUCUUGUUCAUCUUGUACUUAGGGUAUUUGUACUGCAGAUUUUGGCAUUAUGAAUUGGUAUGCCUUGGUUUUGUUUAGUUUUUAUGUUUUCGUUUGGUCUUA